CCGCCGCCCGCUGCACACUUCUCCCCCGCCCCGAAAAACCCCCGACCGCCGGCGGCGGCCAUGCUCCUCCACCACCGCCUCCUCCCCCGCCUAGUACUCCUUCCUUCCACCCACACCUCCACCUCCACCCUCCUCCGUCCCUCGCGUUUGCCGCGCCACCUCUCCAUCUCGCCCCGCUUCUGCGCGCUCUCCCACCUCGCGGUGCCCCAGAUCGUCGACCAAUCCGACAACGAGGGGACGCCCCACGGGGAUGUGCAGGUCAAGCUCCCGCUCGACCGCCUCUUCGUGCCUCCCGGGGCGACAGUGGAUGCCGGGGAUCAGGAGGCCGUGAGCGCGCGGGUCCUCAAGGGUUCCAACAUCGUGCUAGGCCCGUACGCGCGCGGCGAUGCGCAGGUUGUCAACGCGGAUUUCGUGAAGAGCAGCGUGCGUCCCGAUGACUGUCCCCGGGACGGGCUUCCGGAGUUUGCGCUCGUUGGGCGGUCCAACGUUGGCAAAUCGUCGCUGCUCAACUCGCUCGUCCGCCGCAAGCGCCUCGCGCUCACCUCCAAGAAGCCUGGGAAGACCCAAUGUAUCAAUCAUUUCAAAGUAAAUGACAGCUGGUAUCUCGUUGACUUGCCUGGUUAUGGAUAUGCUUCUGCGCCACAGGAAGCUCGUACAAAUUGGGAUGAAUUUACUAGAAAUUACUUUCUCAGUAGGGAGAAUUUGGUAUCUGUUUUUCUUCUUAUAGAUGCAAGUAUACCUGCCAAGAAGAUUGAUCUUGACUAUGCUAGUUGGCUUGGUCAAAAGAAGGUCCCCAUGACACUGGUGUUCACAAAAUGUGACAAACGCAAGAAGAAGAAAAAUGGAGGGAGGAGACCGGAAGAAAACGUGGAAACUUUCCAGAGUCUGAUCCGUGAAUACUUCGAGGCGGCACCUCCCUGGAUCAUGACAAGCAGCGUGACCAACCAGGGCCGUGACGAGAUACUGCUGCACAUGUCUCAGCUUAGGAAUUAUUGGCUCAAGCAUUGAGAUGCCAUGACAAGAAAACCGAACCGAAGCAACCGAAAUGGCAUACAAGGCCCCUGUGGUUCAAUUGAUGCAUCGGCAGCCGGCACCUAUGCAAUCAGGCCUUUCGCACCAACUAAUCCACCUUUUGAGCUGUUGAUUGUCCAAUAUGCCCCCCUGUACAUGAUUACCCAAUCAACACUCUGGGAGUACAGACAAGGCGUUAAAAUCGGCUGAUCCUGGGUUUUCUAUUGUGUACACGUACAAUCCCAACGUUUUCCCAUUGUUCUCUCCUGUUAUAGGCUUCUGUAUGAUGUGGAAUAAUAAACCCUGGUGUCAGCUAAUCAUCAGCGGGAAUCUCACUCUUUUGUUUGUUA